CCUACACACAAAAAAACUGCUCGUUCUGAGCAUUCCAUUAAUAUAAUCAAAUUAUUAUUUCGCUUAAAAGAGCACGGGUUUUCUGCAGCUAAAAUCAGUGAUUUUAGUAGUAUCCCGAAAUCUACAGUUACCCGCAUUUUUCGAACCCGGAAAAAUAAGAACGGAGUCAUUCUUGAGCCAAAAAAGCGGGAAAAAAGACCAGGUAAGCUUAAUUAGCGUGCAGAAAGAGCUUUGAUUCGUUAUAUUCGGCAGAAUCCUUUUAAAACCUUAGCUGCUUUAUCUACUUCUUCAAAAUCGGGUUAUCGUCUUCAUCCUAAUACAACCCGUCGAUAUCUCAAGAAACACGAGCUGUACGCCUUUCGCCCUCGCCGGAAGCCAUUUCUUACAGAAAAACACAAAAAGUUGAGACUUCAGUGGGCCAAAGAACACCUAAAAUGGUUGUUAGAGGAUUGGAUAUGUACGAUCUUUUCAAAUGAGGCAAAUUUUGAGCUAGGAAUUAAUACUUCACCACCCUGGGUUAGGCGUAAAAGGGGUGAGGCCUUUAAAUCACGCUAUUUAAAGCCUAUCUUCAAAUCUGGACGAUCAACAGUGGGUGUUUGGGGUGCUAUUUCAUAU